CCAUCAAUUUGAUUUGGGUUUUUGCAUCUUCCUGAAAUUAAAACAUCCCACGCUCACUAUCCCUCCCUUUUUCCCAUCCAAAUAAUUUUGAGGGGUGAUGGUGAAUUUUUACCAUUUUGCUACUGCAAAGAGAGAGCAAUGUCUAAAUGAAUUAAAAGAGGGCUAUAAACACCUUUAAAAUUAGAUGCCUCAGAAGUGACAGAGAGAUCAGGGCAGAUGCCUUCAAAAUAUUAUUCCAAAAAUAUUUAAAAACAAAUCUUUACAGCUAUCUUUUCCCAGGAGAAUUCAGAUCAAAAUUGACCCUUUCCAGUCCUGCUUAACACAAGGCGACACACAGGCAGAAUUUAAAAGAUUGCUUAAUAGAUAAUUUUAUUUGUAUCAAAAACCAAAGACAUGGAAAUCAAGUCAUGCCAUGAAGCCACAAGUGUUUCACGGAUCAGGAUAAGCGUGUGGAGGGGGUUUCUUUUAUCUUUUCCAGAUGCAAGAUUGCAAACUAUUACAAUCUUAUUAUUAUUCCACUCCGGGCCUUUUUAUAUGAUGCAUUAAUUAUCCUUCACCCUGAAACUGUAUCAUUGCACUACCCUAACACUCACUUGCACACCAAAAUUUCCCUCACCCCAGAAACCCCCUUCCGCCAUCGCAGUGCAAAAGCAUAGAAUAAACCCCCGGACAGACCCAUCCAUACAAAUUUCAGCGCCUGUUUCCUGAUAUGCGGGGCCUCUCUAGGAAAGCCAGCUCUGUAGAUUUAAUUAUUUUCAUUAUCUCAAUGUUUCCCAACUUGGGCAACUCUCGCUGGUGGGAUCUCGCUGAGAAUUCUGGGAGUUGUAGUUCCACAUCUGGUUGUCUAGAUUGAGAACAUUAUUUUAUGGAGAUAUGUUCUUUCAGAGACGCUUACCAACUUUUCAGCUAGCUCUCACCUUUAAAGCAGCUUUAUGUCAAAUUCAGUGCUUAUUAAACUUGACAAAUUUUAGAGGUGUAAACUUCAAGUCCCAGAAAUUCCUCAGCUAGGAGUAACUGGGAGUCCACGCAUCUCAAAAUUACCAAGGCUGUAAAACAUUUCUCUCUAGAAAGUACCUGCAAAAUACUCUUAGAAUAGUAGAGCUGGAAGGGACCUUGGAGGUCUUCUAGUCCAGCCCCCUGCUCAAGCAGAAGCUAUAUCAUUUCAGGUAAGUAGCUAUCUAGUCUCUUCUUAAAAACCUCCAAUGAUGGAGCACAAUGUCUGAAGGCAAGCUGCUCCACUGGUUAAUUAUCCCAACUGUUAGGAAAUUUCUCCUUAAUUCGGUUGCUUCUCUCUUUUAUUACCAUAGUUUCCAACCAUUAUUUCUUGUCUUGUUCAAAGCACUUGUAGUGCUUUGGAAAAUAAUUUGACCCCCUCUUCUUUGUGGCAGCCUCUCAAAUACUAAAAUACUGCUAUCCUGUCACCCCUAAUUCUUCUUUUCUUUAGACUAGCCAAAUCCAAAACCUGCAGCCAUUCUUCAUAUGGUUUAGUCUCCAGGCCUCUUCUAAAAGUGGUUUUAUUAGAUUGUAGUACUAAUAGCAAUAAACAAGAGCAACAACAAUUAAAAUAUGGAAAUAAUUUUAAUUGUAUGUUCGAGAUAAGGGAUCCAGUAUCUUUCAUUUUAUCUCAACCUAAUUUUUGCAAACUUUUGCAAACUUCUGACAAGUAAAAUCAAUGGGGAAUCCAGAUUUUUUUUUUUUUUUUUUUAAUUUGAUUUAUAUGCCGCCCUUCUCCGGAGACUCAGGGCGGCUUACAGUGUGUUAAGCAAUAGCCUUCAUUCUUUUGUAUGUUUUAUACAAAGUCAGCUUAUUGCCCCCACAAACUGUUAAGAUUCACUUAACAACCAUGUUACUAACUUAACAAAUACAGUGAUUCACUAACAACUGUGGCAAGGAGUCGUAGAAUGGGGCAAACUCACUUAAGAAAUAUUUUACUUAGCAACAUAAAUCUUGGGCUCAGUUGUGGUCGUAAUCUGAUUUACAGUUACAUUUAGUUAACCUUCAAAACAGUUAAUACUGUAUGAUUAUUCUCUGGUUAUCCUCCCCCUGAUCAUAUUAAAUCUGGGGGUUGAAGUCCACAUGUCUAAAAGUGGCCAAGAUUGAGAAACACUGACCUAAACAAAUAAACUAUUCUAAUACUAGUCAAAAAAAUGUGUCCUUCCCUAUUGAAAUGUGUGGUCUGGCUUUUAACACACCUCCCUGAACUUGCAAAGUCACACGUGUCCUCUGUUCCAUGUGAGUCGCACAUACUGAGUUCUCACAACCGCUCAGGAGACCAGAAAAGUACAACUGGAAAGGGCAAGGCAGGGGUAGAAAUGGAGAAUCAGGGACCGGUACGAAAAGUUCAAAGAGGACGGAAAAAUUCUCAUCCCGUUCAGCUGGGAGCCAUCCAAGACUUCUCGGUUGGACUAGAUUCCCGGUUUAUUAAGCAGGAGCCAGAAGAAAAUCUCCAGCAGCCUUGGGACGUCCAGCGGCAUGAUUUCCUGAAGGCAAUGCAACUCUCUCGUUCCGGGCAGAAGUGCACUCAGCUACCCAGUCCUGCCCGGUCUGCGGAGAAUUCCCGAUCCUCAUUUAAAGAAACUGCUGAUUUGAGUCAGAGGCCAGGGAGAAGCAGCCUAACCCGGCUUCUGCCAGGCGCCAUUGAAGAUUGCCGAGACGUCAUUUCCUCAGUCAGAGUGAAGGAAGAAAUUUUGGAUGUGGAAGAAACCUUUGCCUCCGAUACCAAGCGCCAGAGGUUCAGGCAGUUCUGCUACCUGGAGGCCGAAGGGCCCAAGGAGAGCUUUUUCCAGCUGCAGGAACUCUGCUGGCAGUGGUUGAAGCCCGAGAGACGCACCAAGAAGCAGAUUCUGGACCUGUUAGUCCUGGAGCAGUUCCUGGCCAUUUUGCCCCCAGAGAUGCAAGGCUGGGUCAAGGAGGGAAAGCCAGGGAGCUGUGCCCAGACGGUGGCCCUGGCAGAGGAUUACUUUCUGAGGGUGCAGCAGGCUGAUGGACUGCAAGAGAAGGUUUCCUGUCUGGGGGAAGACAUUACUGUUAUUAAUUCUUCUAACUCAGAGCAGGUUCCGUCUGAAGCAGUGAAUAGCCAUCUCUCUGCAGAGGCCGAGGAAGAGAGCGAUGAAGACGCCAGUUAUUUAGGCAAUGACCAAGGUUAUGAAAACGAAGAGGAGGCCUUCCCCUUUGAAAGGCACACACAAGUAGGCAUCAGUGGAGUGUCCUUGGCAAGACUCAAUGGGAAGUUAUAUCAGGUCUGUGGACUGGAAGAGAUGGCCGGAAGUGAACCUCGUCAAGAAAUCCAUCAGGAAAACCAAUCAGGCAUCCCAGCUUUUUUUCACAAGGAAAGCUUACGAGAAAACACCUUCCCGCCGGGACGCCAGAAAGGAAAGAGAAAGAAUACAGGUCCCCCCAGUUGGGGGACAAUUCUGAACCAUGGUUUUGAGUUUCCUCCAAGCCGAAAAAUGCAGAAACUCUACACAUGCACCUACUGCGGGAAGGUCUCUAAUAACAGUGCGCAUAUGAUCAUCCACGAGAGGACUCACACCGGCGAGAAGCCGUACAAGUGCUCGGCAUGUGGGAAAUGCUUCAGCACAAAUUGCAACCUGAUGAAACACACCCGGGUGCACACGGGAGAGAAGCCAUACCAGUGUCCCGAGUGCGGGAGGAGCUUCAGCGACAAGGCCUCGCUCAUCGUGCACGAGAGGACCCACACGGGGGAGAAGCCCUAUGAGUGCCCCAUGUGUGGGAAAAGCUUCACCUCGAGCUCCAACCUCAUCACCCACAAGCGGGUGCACACCGGGGAGAAGCCCUACAAGUGUUCCGAGUGCGGGCAGAGUUUUGUUCACAGGCCGCAGCUGGUUAUCCACAUUCGGACGCACACCGGAGAAAAGCCAUACGAGUGUCCCGAAUGCGGGAAAAGCUUCAACCAGAAAGCCGAUCUCAUCAUCCACAGGCGCAUCCACACCGGGGAGAAGCCGUACGAGUGUCCCGAGUGCGGGAAAAGCUUCAUCUCGAGCUCUUACCUGCGGAAGCACGAGCGGCUGCACGCGGGGAAGAAAGCGCCCACGGGCGAAGAAAGCCACAAGUGCGGCUACUGCAGGAAGAGCUUCAUCAGCCGAUCCAAGCUCCUCAUCCACGAGAGGACUCACACGGGAGAGAAACCCUUCGAGUGUGCCGACUGCGGGAAGAGCUUCAGCACCAGCUCCAAUUUGGUCAACCACAAGAGGGUCCACACGGGCGAGAAGCCGUACCAGUGUUCGGAUUGUGGGCAGAAAUUCAGCACGAACUCAAACCUGGUCAAUCACCGGCGGGUUCACACAGGAGAAAAGCCCUACAAUUGCGCCGACUGCGGCCAGAAUUUUGGUCAUAAAGCUUCUCUCCGGAGGCACAAGAGAAUCCACUCCAGAGAAGCCACCAGAUGCCUGCUUGGAACGGGGGCAAAAUGUUAAAACCAAACUUAUAGCCACUAGCGUAAGGAAAACUGCCUUAUACUACGGUAGAGUCCUGGUCCAUUGAGUCAGCGUCACUGGGAAGAAACCUUUCAUGGACAGGUGUCACUCGCUGUCCUACCUGGAGAGAUCUGCUACAUGACCAGCCUAUCAUACGCCUCUGAUCUGGGAACCUUCCGCUGCAUUUCCAGAUGUUAUUAAAAAAUUCCCCAGCAGAAUGAGCAGCCACAGCAGCAUGCGGUCUCAUAGCCUGCACUUCUGCACACGCUUACUUGGAGAGAAAUUCAGUGGGGCUCUGCCAAGCCCCCAAUUUUGUUGCAGGAGUCCCAGAAAUCACCCAGGGCUCUAUUAAGUCCAUCAAAGGACUUCGGUAUCUUUUUCCAACACUCAUGUUUUACUCAAAUGGUCCACCAAGAGGUUUGGGUCUCUCCACCGGUCUAUUACACUGAAUAGUGACUAGUUAGAAUUUAUUUUACAAUGGAGUUAGGAUCUAGAUUCCUUCAGGGGUUGGAAUUGAGGGGGGCUUUGGUAGCUCCUUAGGAAAUUUAGAAACCAUUGAGAAAUAUUCCUUAAUAAGGAAGCACCACUCGAAAUGUGUUAGCAAUACUAUUGUGGUGGAAUGUAGUCUGGAGUCCCAAGAGGGAGGAGCUACUUCCCAGAUGGCAAAAAGGGCAGCGGAGCUUGGAAUGUCUGGUAGGCAGGAAGAGGGCUAAGCCGGCCCCUCCCUAGGGGUUCAGAUAGUCCUCAACUUACAACCAUUCAUUUAGUGAUCGUUCGAAAUUACAAUGGCAGCUUAUGACAGUUUUUCACUCUUAUGACCGUUACAGCAUCCCCCUGGUCACGUGAUCAAAAUUCAGCUGCUUGGCAACUGACUCAUACUUAUGAUAGUUGCAACGUCCCGGGGCCAUGUGAUCGCCUUUUGUGACCUUCUGACAAGCAAAGUGAAUGGGGAAGUCAGAUUUCACUUUACAACCGUGGUACUAAUUUAACAACUCUGGCAAGAAAAUUUAUAUAAAAUGAGACAGAAUUCAUUUCACAAGUGUCUAGCUCAGCAACGGUAAUUUUGGCCUCCAUUGUGAUUGUACGUUGAGGACUACCUGUAUAUCUAUAGUUAUGCAGGUAGUAGCUUUGAUCUAGCAAGAUUCUGUCCAUAGGUGAAAAACAAUAAAAAAAAAUAGAAUAGAAUAGAAUAACAGAGUUGGAAGGGACCUUGGAGAUCUUCUAGGCCAGUGUUUCCCAAACUUGGGAACUUUAAGAAGUGUGGACUUCAACUCCCAGAAUUCCCCAUCCAGCAUGGCUGGCUGUGGGAUUUGGGGAGUUGAAGUCCAUACAUCUUGAAGUUCCCAAGUUUGGGAAACACUGUUCUAGGCCAACCCUCUCUUCAGGCAGGAAACCCUAUGUACCAUUUCAGAUAAAUGGUUGUCCAAUCUCUUCUUAAAAACUUCCAGUGUUGGAGCAUUCACAACUUCUGGAGGCAAGUUGUUCCACUGGUUAAUUAUUCUGUCAGGAAAUUUCUCCUUAGUUCUGGGUUGCUCCUCUCCUUGAUUAGUUUCCAUUCAUUGUUUCUUGUUCUGCCCUCAGGUGCUUUGGAGAAUAGCUUGACUCCCUCUUCUUUGUGGCAAUACCAAGAUAUUGGAAAAUUGUUAUCAUGUCACCCUUAUCCCUUCUUUUCAUUAAACUAAGCAUAGCCAAUUCCAGCAAACUACUCAGAAUUAACAGCCUGUAGUGUUGGGCCUUGGCAUCACUCCCUCCUGUGACUCCAGGCUACAUUCCACCAGAAAUAUAUAAUGUAGCUGCUUUGGUUAGCCUUGCCUAUGUUCGUUUGCGAAUCCAAAUAAAUUUUGUUGUUUAGGUCCUGAACAAAAAACUAGAAUGCCAUGGGAAUAUUGGGCAGCUUUCUGUAGUCUGGAAACUACACCAUUGUAUGGUGCUAACAGGUGCAACGAUCAGGUUUAUAAGUAAAAAAAAAAAUGGAUCUUUUAUACAAUGGUAGCGUUUGAAUAAAAUGAACUCUUUGUUUAUACUAGAUAAUAAAGCUUGCAAGUGAGAGCAAUUUCUUUGUGGAACAACAAGGUGAAAAUGCAAAGACAUGACACAGAACGCCAAAGGGAAGUUAAGAGUGGGAGAUUCAGAGGUAACAUGCUGAUUGAAUCAGGAUGGGAGAGUCAAGACGGCAUUUCUGGGACCUGGGAAUUUAAUGCAAAAGUGAACACCCCUCCCUGCCCUCCUCCCCAAUGUUAUAGCGGUGGCCAGAGCACCAAAAAAAUUUAGCUUCUGAACAUCUUCAGUCUGCAGGGAUUAUGCAUCUAAACCUUUCAUGUUAUCAAUCUCAUCUAAUCCAGGCAGGGACUAACAACGCUGUUUUAAGGAACAAGGAAAAGACGAAAAUUCCUCAAAAAGUAUACAAUUUUAGUAAUUGUAUACACCUCCGCAAAGAUGGCAAAGAAUGUUUUAAAUUAUUUUGUUAAUUAUUUUUCCUCCAGGACAAAU